GUAAAUGUCAAAUGUUAGGUUAUACAUUUGAAUAUUAUUUGAAUAUUUUUUUUAUUUAUUAAAUAUUUUUCACUUAUAGCAUACAGGUAAAGUUGUCUGAUAGAAAUGAUUUCGAGAAGCUUAAGCAGGGUCGUGUUGAAAGAUAAUGUACUUAGACUGGCAAAUCAAAGUGCUAACAUCAGACAAAAGUCCUACACUCCAAUGAACACAGUCGUUAUGUUUGUUCCUCAGCAGGAGGCCUGGGUUGUGGAACGAAUGGGAAAAUUCCAUCGCAUACUAGAACCAGGCUUAAAUAUACUGAUACCUAUUGCCGACAGAGUCAAAUACGUUCAGAGCCUCAAGGAAAUCGCAGUCGACAUUCCUAAACAGAGCGCAAUUACUUCCGAUAACGUAACUCUCAAUAUAGACGGAGUAUUGUAUCUGAGAAUAGUAGAUCCCUACCUAGCAAGUUAUGGCGUCGAAGAUCCCGAAUUUGCAAUAACGCAGUUGGCUCAAACUACAAUGAGAUCUGAGCUGGGAAAAAUAUCCCUAGAUAAAGUUUUCAGAGAAAGAGAAAGCUUGAAUAUUUCAAUUGUCGACUCUAUCAACAAAGCUAGCGAGGCAUGGGGAAUGACAUGCUUGCGUUACGAAAUAAGGGACAUCAAACUGCCUCCUAGAGUUCAAGAAGCCAUGCAAAUGCAAGUGGAAGCUGAAAGAAAGAAGAGAGCCGCUAUUUUAGAGUCCGAAGGUGUUCGCGAAGCUGACAUAAACGUAGCCGAAGGUAAGAGGAAGUCAAGAAUUCUGGCUUCUGAAGCUGAAAGGCAAGAGCAGAUCAAUAAGGCAGCUGGUGAAGCUGCAGCUAUAUUAGCAGUUGCUGAAGCUCGGUCGGGGGGUUUGAAACUGGUGGCUGAAGCCUUGCAGAAAAAUUUGGGACCCAAUGCAGCUUCACUUAGUAUCGCAGAGCAGUAUAUCAGUGCUUUCAAUAAAUUGGCGAGAACAAAUAAUACUCUGAUCCUUCCUGCCAAUACUGGAGAUGUUACCAACCUAGUUUCACAAGCCAUGUCCAUUUAUUCUACAAUAACCAAAUCUCAGGAAACUCAAAAGAAGGCUACUAUACCUGUUCAUAAAAAGCUUCUGACAUCACAUCCCACCAAUCCUAGGGAUAAUCUAGCAGAAUUUUUUAGCGAUGAAGAGGAUAUUAAGAAACACAAUGAAAAAUUACCAAAGGAUGUAUAACUAUUCGAAUAAUUGAGAACAAAAUGUAUUGUGUGUUGUAUGUAUAAUUUGCUGCGUCUAAUCUUGUAAAUCUUGUUGAAUUCAUUAAAUGGAAAUAAGUUUUUGAUUCUGAAA